ACCAGAUAUCCAAUCAACAAUAACAUCCCCUAAGGCCUUAAAGUUCAAAUUUAAACCCAUUUCUUUGUUUGUUGUUGCAAAUGGCAUGGAUUCGUAGACUCUUUGAACCCAAAGCCCGACCCCCAACUCAACCCUCAACCGGACCAAGUCAGAGCACCGAGCAGCCUGCCGCGGCUCAAAGGCGGAAAGGGACUGCUUCACCGCAAGGAUCCUCUUCCCCCACUCGGACGACACCACCUAAAUCCCCAUCGCGUUCCUCUCCGAGCCGCAAGGCUCGUUCUCCUCCUGCUCAGUCUCCAUCACGUUUGGCACCACCUCCUACUACUCUUGCGGAGGAUGCCCCUCCGUUAGGAGGAGAAUCCUCGGCUAAAGUGCACCCAACGCCAGAUGUGGUGGGAAUUCCUCCCCCACCGUCAUCUCCUACUACUCGGGGUCCCCCUUUUUUAGGAGUAGAUUCCUCUGAAAAAGUGCACUCAGCACCUGAAUCCCCAUCCCCAUCUAGGCCUUCUUCACGGCCACCCACACCACCCCGUUCCUCUCCGAGCCGAAAGCCUCGUUCUCCUCCUCAGUCUCCAUCACGUUUGACACCACCUCCUACUACUCUUGCGGGGGAUGCCCCGCCGUUAGGAGGGGAAUCCUCUGCUAAAGUGCACUCAGCACUAGAGGCGGUAGGAAUUCCUCCCCCACCGCUCACCACCCAAACACUAGUUUCGGUUCCUGAUGGUGAAGUUAAGGCUAGCCAAACAGCAGUUCAUGAAACCAUUUCAAAAGAAAAAGAGCGUAUUCAGCCACCUGACACCACCAUACCACCUUCCAUAGUAUCUCAAAAAACGGCUGGAGCCCUCACAGAUACCGCCCAGGCCAAGCAACCUUCUAAUAAUCAAGAAUCUGAUGGACUUUCUGUGGGUAGCAGCCAUAGAGCAGCUCCAGAAACUGUAUCAGAGCUUCAACAGACACCUGAAAAGACAUUACCACCCCUCAUAGUAUCAGAAAAAUCAACUGCUUCCCUCACAGAAAGACAUCAAGAGACCGCCCCACCUCCUCCGACCUCAGACACAACCAUGGGAAACAACAACCGAGAAUCUCUUGGGAUUUUUAUGGUUUCAAACGUCCUAAGAGAUAAGGAGACACUGCCAGAGACAGGGGGGGAUGAUCGCAAUCAUAUUGAAGCAAAACAUGAAAUGGCAGAGGAACAGACUGCAAAAAAGCAGCCAGAAUCAAAGGAACCGCAAGAGGAGGCGGGGCAUACAGAGAAGGCAUCCAAUUCUGAUGGACCAGAAACUAGAGAAGUGAACAAUGGUAAACAGGAGAACGACAAGAAGCUGAAGCAGCAAGUGUUUAUUCAGAAGACAGAUAAAAGGGAGAUGCAAUCAUCCAUGGAAUAUGUGCUCGGGGCAGUAAAAGUGAUAACGCUUGCAGGCGAUAACAAAGGGGCAUCCAUGCAACUAGGCUUCGACCCGUCGUCUAAGAAGGAGCGUCCCAUCCACAUCCACAGAGCUUAUAAAUCAAACCACGGUGACCACCGCAUUGUCGACAAGGAAGCGAUCAUCACCACUGAUAUAGAAGAGGCGGGAAGAAAAUCCAACAGCCAAGAAACCAACCAAGAACAGGAAGUUCUGGCUGUUUAUGUCAACUCCAACGUUCAAGGACUGAACAAUGCGAUCCUGGUAGACUGCACAAUCACAGAAAGAAACCCUGGGGUGAGUAUGCACAUACCAUCAUGUUUGCAAACAGAACCUGUGAACUCAAAUGACGAAACAGCCCCCAUUCGAACUCACGAGGCUGUUCAGUUGAAAAAACUUGCACAUGAGGCACAACCUACUCUUAGAAGGAGGUGCCUUAGAGGUCUUCUUUUGGAGAGUGAUUCUGAAACAGAUAGUAACCCUUCAAAGCGCCCUCGUCGCCAUGGUUGUCGUGUUGGUUGCAAGGAUAAGUAGAUAGUAAUAAUACUAACAUGUGUACAUAAAAGUUACACCUACUGGAUUGAUCAAAUGGUGGAAUUGUAAUAAGAUGGCACUUUCAUUACAAAGAUUGUGUUUUUUAGAAGUCGUUUCAAGAAAGGCUCAAAGUCUAAAACAUACGUAGCGUACAAAAUUCUCAAAUAAAACUAAUUAUGU